UGGAUGCGCACAGGAGACGGUGGGGAACAUUCCUUGUACAUCUCUCUCCGCUUUUCCCUCUUCGAAGUUCGCUGCCGUCCACUUCCAUAUCUUGCGAACCCCGUUAUCCUCCAUCGUCCGCUACUGCGAUUUCCACCAGCAAGCCAGUCAGCCAUUCAAUGCAAACACGCUUGUUUGUCUUUGCACCACCCAUACUCUUUUUCUUCCUUUCUUGCGAUCCCUGAGACGAACGAAAAACAACCGUGCCGCACCGUCGCUUUCUUGGUUGUGCCUGACGCUCCGAGGCGAGGUACACGUCGAUUCGUCUCUCCAUUCACUAUUAGGUAUCCAGUAGCCCUGGGGCUUGAUCAUCGCGGCCCUUUCCCGCUCUCCCGUUAGUCUCUCUGUCCAUCCCCCCCCCUUCUUUUCGCUAGGUACACUGCUUCCUUACCUCCUUGGCUAGGUACGCUUCGCCCGCUAGCCCUCCCCUCGUCUUCGUGCUCUUCCUCCCUCCAUCGUAUUCCUCCUCCCUUCCACUACUACCCCUUUCUCUUCCCUCAUCUUAUUUGAACCAGCCCGGUGCGAGCCAGCGCAGUCUAGAUAGGUAGGAUUCAAACCGGCCAUCCAUAGACCUACAAUACAGCAUCGUCGACCGCCGCUCCCAUCCCGUCACUUCUCAGAAGCCCGACAUCUGCGCACCAGUGGAGCUCCUAGCGAAGGGGGGAAAGGCGAACCCUGGUCUAUUGCACCACCGCGCGCGAAGCUCUACCUAUCCCGUUCUGUUCUGUGCCGUCCAGUUCGGUUCUGCCUGUGCCUGGCGGAUACUCUCUGUACCUGACGAGCCGCAGUCCCGUUCGUACCUUACACUGUACCUAGCCCAAUCUGCCGCGAAGGUCCCUCACCAUCGAGCAAGGUUCGCACGAGGCAGGCCACACUAAGAACGGUCCCGGUGGGUUUGCCAUGCCUUCCUUGAGGCUCUGGAAUCCCGACUUUUAGUCAGUGCAUCCACUGUCCCAAAAGUUUGGUUUUCACUCAACGUCUGCUGGCCUUCUCUGUUUUUGUCUGGCUCUUCUGGUUCUUUUCCUUUUCCAAAUCUCUUCUCUGCAUCGUUGUAUGUCUGCCUCCCCCGAAUAGCCUCACCCGCCCCCGGUCGUGGCCAUGGCGUCGGAUCGUAUGGGAGCUCGCAAGGCUCACAGGAGUUCAGAAGGCUCCCACUUCCCCCCGAAAUACUACUACGCCGAGAGAUCCACCGCCGCCGACGCUGCUCCCUCCUCGUCCUCAUCCCCCCGAAGAGCCGACCGCGACGCUGCCCACCGAUCUGCCCCGGCUGCUCCUAAGCGACACACUCCCCAUUACGCAGUCCACCGGGAGUCGUCAAUCGAGCCCUUGCGGCCUUCAGAACAGUCAGCAAGUUACCGCGACUCAAUUGUUUCCAUUGUUGAUGACCCCUUUUUCCUGCGCUUUGACGACCACAACAUCGAGGCUGCCCUUGCGUUUGACUCGCGCUGGACCACCACCACCCUAGACAGCCCCGGCGACGACGACGACCAAAACGCAGACGACGAAGAGGAGAACGAGGCCAACAGCCAGGGCAACCAAGACGGCGAAUCAGCCGGAUCCGACCUUGAUAGCCUCCAAUUCCGCGAUGAAGACACGCCCAACGAGCGCUGGCCGCCCCCAAGAAGAGAGUCGUUGAUAAUAGGGCAUUCCUUGUACUGGCAACCACCAACCUCCGCCAUCAUGGAAAGCCUCAACAUUGCAGUCAUUGGCGCGUCGGGCGUCGGUAAAUCGUCCUUCGUCCAGCGCGUGCUUGGCUUAUCUCGACCUCCCAUAACCAAUGCCUCCAGCGUGCGCAUGAUCGUCGACAACGUCACCUACGGCGUGACACUGCUCGAACUUGACCUCGAAUACUUCGAGCUGAACCCGUUGCAGCCUAUCCAGUGGCCCAAGCAGAUCAACGGCCACAUCGUCCCUCGCGUCGAUGGCGCCCUCAUUCUUUACGAUGUCAUGAAGAAGGAGAGUAUGAAGGAACUGCCCCAGACCAUCGCUGCACUUACAAAGUCCGGCCUCCCUGCGGUCCUUGUCGCCAACAAGUGCGACCAUCCCGAGAGCGAACGACAAGUCGAUUCGCAACGCGUCGCCAGCCACGAAUACUUCAAGUCGUGCGUCGGGGUGUUCAACCUCUCGACGAGCAGCCCAGAACGGGCUAGAGCGUGCUUGAACGCGACGCUGAAAGCCGCCAUUGCUUAUCGUAAGGAAUCGCUCUCGGAAUCGGGUAUGUCCCGCCGUCGUGCAGCCUCGGCAGCCAACCUCGAGGCCCACGACAGCUCCAACGGUCGGCCGCUAAGUCAGCAGAGUAAACAUAGCCGAGCGAGCUCUGAUUUGUCGCUCCUUCGAGGUGUUCCCCCUCCCAUCCCCGACCACCUGCGCGGCCCACCACCCCCAAGGAGUCCUCGUAUAGCCGACUUUGGUGGCGCGCCCUCAAGCUCGGGCUCGUUCGGAACAUCGGAAACCAUCGAGGAAGAGUCCCAGCAAACCGUCUCGAGCCAGCUUCGCACGCCCGGUAUUCGUCUCGACCGUGGACCAACCGACUCGUUCUUGGACAUGGAGGAGUCGGACGCCGAGUCCUUCAGGUACUCGGACGAGGUUCCUAUCCUGCAACGGAGCGACGAGAGCUUCCUGGAGAAGCCGGUCAAGUCGGCCGGUGUGGCAUUCGAUGAGCUGGUCGACCGCCUGAUUGCCCCGCGCAUGACCAAGGCCGACAACAAUUUCUCAGAUGUUUUCUUGUGUCUCUACCGAAAAUUUGCUGCGCCUGGCGAGCUCUUUUCGGCUAUCCUCACACGGCUAGAUCGCGUCAGAGAUGACAAGUCGGCACACUAUCUCUCCAAGACGGCGACCCAACUUCGAAUUAUAGAGGUUGUCGCGAAAUGGGUGUCUUUGUACCCUGGAGAUUUUGCACGGUCGGGGACUAGGCGGAAUCUAGAGGAGUUCAUCGCACACCUUUCUACCGAGCCCAUUUUCUCGAUCGCAGCACAGCAAAUCCGGCGACACCUCGAACACAGUGUGGUGGAGGACGACGAUACCGGCUGGGCGAAAUCGGAUGAAUUGGCGGACGAGGAAGGGAGCAAAGUUUUGUCCAAAGACAAGACGCCAUCCACACCCGAAGUGUCCAACGGCAUCAGCAGCCUUCACCUCGAUGACGACAAGCCGAUCGACGAGAGACCAUCCGGCAGCUCCGACUUUUCGCAAGUGGACAGGACCAGCAGCGUUGGAACGCACGUCUCUUUCCACUCGUACGACGAGUACGAGCGUGAAGCGGCGAACAUGGAGCCUACCGACGUGUUGCCCAUGAACAAGUUCCGCUACCACAUUUUCAUGGACAUUUCGGACGACGACAUUGCCGACGAAAUGACACGUAUCGACUGGGUCAUGUUCUCGUCCAUUCGCAUCAGGGACUUUGUACGACACGUGAGCCUGUCUUUGGAUCAACGAUCCAAAUGCAAAAGUCUCAAGAACGUCAACCGGAUGAUCAACCACUUCAACCACGUAGCCAAGUGGGUUGCGAAUCUCAUCUUGUUGCGGGACAAGGCAAAACAUCGUGCGCAGAUGCUGGAGAAAUUUAUGAACAUUGCGCAAAAACUACGGCGGCUCAACAACUACAACGGGCUCGCGGCAAUCCUUGCGGGCAUCAACGGCACCGCCGUGCACCGGCUGUCUCAGACGUGGGCGCUGGUGCCGCCAGAGUCCCAAAAGUCGUUUGCCAAGCUGGGAAUUCUCAUGGGGACGCAAAAGAGUCACUUUGCCUACCGGCUGGCAUGGGAGAACUCGCCAUUGCCCCGGAUCCCAUACAUCCCACUGCACCGGAGAGACCUGGUGUCGGCCGAGGAGGGAAGUAAGACAUUCGUGGGACCGGAUGGUGACCGAGUCAAUUGGAAGAAGUUUGAGGUGCUUGGGGAAGUUCUUCUGCCGCUCAUGAAGAGCCAAGGGACUGCCUACCCAAACCUUUCGAAGCACGAGGCCGCGCGAGAGCUGAUUUUGGACUGCAGAAUGCCGACGGACGAAGAAGAGAUAUACCAACGCAGCGUCCAGGUCGAGAGCAUCGCAGGGGGCGGGGCGGACAUGAGCAAGAAGAAGUUUCCCUGGUUCGCCAAAUAGAAGUCGGCGAGCCGGCGGAGCGUGUCGGCGGGGGAGGCUCUAACGGGUGCAUAGCAUCGGACCGCAUAAGCACCCGAUGGCGUAACGCUCCAGGGGCGGGAGGCAGCUCGUGAUGAGUGGCCAGCUCGGGCGUGGAAUGUGGGCGCAUGCAGGCGUAUAUAUAAACAGACGGAUUCAUGCAGCAUUGUAGGACUGGUUGAACUUUGAAGGCGAUUUGGCUCGGUUCCGGCGAUAUAGAUAUCCUGUUCAGCAAUUGAUAUCGGGGCCAUGACGGCCUUGUCAUUCCUCACAAUACGCGACGGCGUCAUGAUUGUCAUGGCAACACGGGCGGUUCUUGCCCCUUCGCCAUGCAUAUAUCAACUACUACCUAGUUCAACGCAAGACUGAGCCGAAGCGGCCCGCUGGACGCCCCGGAAGAUGACGGUCUCUCACCGUGUCUGAGUGCGUGCCUGGAGGAACUGUCAAAAGCGGCAGCCAUGUCAAAAACAGCACUUCAUCGGCGAUCCACGGGCCAUUGGACCUCCUCUGCCUGCCCCUUGUCGGUCGGCGCGGUCCAGCCCAGUGCCAGGGUCAGCGACGGCCCAAUGCAUUACAUGGUGGCCAGCGAGGAGAUGCCCCGCUAGGUUGGAUCAAUGUGCGCUAGAGUCGGUUGACGUCAUGCCUCUGAAAGCUCUGAUUUUAGCGUUUCAACGAGAGGGGCAGCAAGGAGAGAGAGGAGAGGUAGGUUACUGAUAGGUAGGGAGGGAAUGUGCAUUGGAUCCAAGGUAGACUGGGUGGUGAAAGAAUGAUGAUGGGUGAUGGGCAUAACUUUUAUGGAGCAGCGGCUUCCUGCGUCUUGUCUUGCGGAAUGCCUUGGGCAAGAUACGGGGUCAAUGCGUUGACAGAGCGGCGAACGCAGUAAAUUGCCCAUACCACCUACCUACUGUUCUGAAAGGACAAAGGUGGAGGCGGAGGAGGAUCGGUAGACUGGACGUAGUAAAUGACCUACCCAAUGAG